GGGGAGGGGGGAGGGGAAAGGUGUGUGGAGAGACGGAGCCGCUGGACCCCCGCGUGACUGACACUGACGACGACGCCCCCUCCCUCAGAUCCCGCGUCGACGCCCCGGAGAAAAUAGAAGAAAGCGAGGAGGGGGGGGGGGGCAGGAGGAGCCCCCCCCGGCCGCCCCCUCCCCCCGAGCCGGCCCCGACCUCACCAUGGACGCCCCGGCCUGAAGAUGUCCCUGCGCAACCACGACCUGGUGAGAGACUUCGUCUCCUACAAGCUGGCCCAGCGCGGGCACAACUGGGGCCGGCUGGUGGACCCGGAGGCCCCGGACACGGAGGCCACGGGGGCCGAGGGAGGCCGGGCGCCGGCGGAGGCCGACGAGGCCGUGCGGCGGACCCUGAGGGAGGCCGGCGACGAGUUCGAGGUGCGGUACCGGCGGGCGUUCAGCGACCUGGCCUGGCAGCUGCACAUCACGCCGGCCACGGCCUACCAGAGCUUCGAGCAGGUGGUCAACGAGCUGUUCCGCGACGGCAUCAACUGGGGCCGCGUGGUGGCCUUCUUCGCCUUCGGCGGGGCCCUCUGCGUGGAGAGCGCCGACAAGGAGAUGGGCCCCCUCGUCGGGCGCAUCGGCCGCUGGAUGGCCACCUACCUCGACAGCCGCCUCGACCCCUGGAUCCGAGACAACGGAGGCUGGGACACGUUCGUGGAGCUGUACGGCAACGACGCGGCCGCCCAGAGCCGGAAGGAACAGGAGCGCUUCAACCGCUGGCUGCUCACCGGCUUCACCGUGGCCGCCGUCCUGCUGCUCGGCUCCCUGUUCGCCCGCAAGUGACCGCGGACCCCAACGCCCUGCCUGCAAGCGAGAGCAUCCCCCCCCACCCCUCCCCGCAGCAGAUGUCGGGAAAAGGAACCGGCGGCUCUCCCCUCACGUUAGCGC